AUAUCCUGCUGCCCUCUGCACUAAAUCUCCAUCACUGCUCUGUGAGGGGGAGAGAAAACAGAAAGCCACGGCUAUGUCCGCCAGCUCUGCUUUCAACGAUGAGAAGGGGGGCUCGUCGAGUGUCGGGGAGCCUGAGUAUGGUCACGACCCGGCGAGCGGAGGGAUUUUCUCCUCCGACUACAAAAGACAUGAUGACUUGAAGGAGAUGCUGGACAGCAACAAAGACUCCCUGAAGCUGGAGGCAAUGAAGCGGAUUGUGGCUAUGAUCGCCCGAGGUAAAAAUGCAUCAGAUCUCUUCCCUGCUGUGGUGAAGAACGUGGCCUGUAAAAACAUUGAGGUGAAGAAGCUGGUGUAUGUAUACUUGGUGCGUUAUGCCGAGGAGCAGCAAGAUCUCGCUCUGCUCUCCAUAUCCACGUUUCAGCGAGGGUUGAAGGAUCCGAACCAGCUGAUCCGAGCCAGCGCUCUGCGAGUCCUCUCCAGCAUCCGAGUCACGAUCAUUGUACCCAUAAUGAUGUUGGCCAUCAAAGAAGCUGCUUCUGAUAUGUCUCCAUACGUCAGGAAGACAGCUGCUCACGCAAUUCCUAAACUCUACAGUUUGGAUCCAGAACAGAAGGACCAGCUGAUUGAAGUCAUAGAGAAACUCCUCGCUGAUAAAACCACGCUGGUGGCAGGAAGCGUUGUCAUGGCUUUUGAGGAGGUGUGUCCGGAGCGCAUUGACCUGAUCCACAAAAACUACAGGAAGUUGUGUAACCUUCUGAUUGACGUGGAGGAGUGGGGGCAGGUCGUCAUCAUCAACAUGCUGACCCGCUACGCCAGGACCCAGUUCCUUAACCCAAACAUCAAUGAGUCCCUUCUGGAGGAGGGAGGUGGUGGGGACAAGACCUUCUAUGGCUCAGAAGAAGAUGACGACGAGGACGAGGAGGAGAAAGAAAAGAAGUCAGAGGCUCCAGCCAUGGCCAAGAGGAAGCCGUAUGUGAUGGAUCCAGACCACCGGCUGCUGUUGAGGAACACCAAGCCGCUCCUGCAGAGCCGCAACGCAGCUGUGGUGAUGGCUGUGGCUCAGCUGUAUUUCCAUCUUGCCCCUAAAGCGGAGAUUGGGGUGAUUGCCAAGGCCCUAGUCCGUCUUCUGAGGAGCCAUAGUGAAGUCCAGUAUGUUGUUCUUCAGAACGUGGCAACGAUGUCAAUUAAGAGAAGGGGCAUGUUUGAACCAUACCUGAAGAGUUUCUACAUCCGCUCUACAGACCCAACCCAGAUAAAAGUCCUUAAGCUGGAGGUUCUCACCAACCUGGCCAACGAGACGAACAUUUCCACCAUUCUCAGAGAAUUUCAGACAUACAUUAAAAGCAUGGACAAAGACUUUGUGGCUGCCACAAUCCAAGCCAUUGGCCGCUGUGCUACCAACAUUGGCGAGGUCAGGGAUACGUGUCUGAAUGGCCUCGUGCAGCUGCUGUCCAACCGAGAUGAGCUGGUUGUAGCCGAGUCAGUGGUGGUUAUUAAGAAGCUGCUGCAGAUGCAACCGGAGAAGCACAGCGACAUCAUAAAGCACAUGGCAAAACUAACAGACAACAUCCAGGUGCCGAUGGCGCGGGCCAGUAUCCUGUGGCUGAUUGGAGAGUACUGUGAGCACGUACCUAAGAUUGCCCCGGAUGUGCUGAGGAAGAUGGCUAAGUCGUUCACUAACGAAGAGGACAUUGUCAAGCUUCAGAUAAUCAAUUUGGCCGCAAAGCUCUAUCUCACCAACUCCAAACAGACCAAACUAUUGACGCAGUAUGUUCUCAACUUGGCCAAGUAUGACCAGAACUACGACAUCCGUGAUCGGGCGCGCUUCAUUCGCCAGCUCAUCGUGCCCACCGAGAAGAGUGGAGCUCUCAGCAAGUACGCUAAGAAACUGUUCCUCGCCCUCAAACCUGCACCGGUUCUCGAGUCUCCAUUUAAAGAUCGAGACCACUUCCAGUUGGGUUCAUUGUCCCACUUACUGAAUGCCAAGGCUGGUGGCUACCAGGAGUUGCCUGACUGGCCCGAAGCCGCCCCAGACGCCUCCGUGCGCAACGUGGAGGUGAAGGAUUCUGUGCCUGAAUGGACCAAAUGCAGCAGCCGAGAGAAGAGGAAGGAGAAGAAAGUAGAGAAGCCGUUCUACUCUGACUCUGAGGGCGAGUCUGGGCCGACGGAGUCAGCUGACAGUGAGUCGGACUCUGUCAGCGGCUCGGAAAGUCGCAGUGGCAGCGAGGAGAGUGGGUCGGGAUCAGAGAGUGAAGAGAGUGAGGAAGGCUCUGAGACUGAGGAAGAGGAGGAGGAGGAUGAAGAUGAAAAGGACAAGAAGAAGAAAAAGAAAGAGUUAAAGAAGCCAGUGCAAGAAAGUGAAAGCGAGCAGAGCAGUGAAGAAGAAGAGAGGAAGCACGUGAGGAAGAGUAAACAACGUAAGAGUGACUCAGAGUCUGAAUCUGACGAGGAGGAGAGCGAAUCUGAAAGCAGCCAAUCAGAGUCUGAAGACUCUGAGUCGGAGGCAGAAGUCAAAAAGAAGAAAAAGGCAGCUGUAUCUAAGCCUCCUUCUAAGCCUGUCAAGAAAGAGAGCAAGAAAGAGAAGAAAGAAAUGUCUCUGCUCGACCUCGAUGACUUUGAACCUGCUCCCUCUCGUCAAGCCACACCCGUCAACUCCUUCCUGUCCAACAGUCUAGCGACUGACCUGGAGGGAUUGUCUUUGUCUGACGCUGUUCUCUCUCCGGCAACUAUCGCUCCCUCCAGUGCCCUGAAGAACUAUGAGCUGCUGCACCGGAUCACAGGGGAGGGUCUGUCGGUGGAGUACUGCUUCAGCCGACAGCCAUUCAGUCCAGACGCCAACAUGGUGGCGGUGCAAAUGCAGUUCACCAACAACGCCACCUCCGACACCAAGAACCUGCACAUGGAGGAUGUGAAGCUCCAGUCUGGGAUGAGGGUCAAAGAGUUUCCUGAGAUUGAACUCCUGCCGGCAGGUGACACGGCCACCGCAGUGAUGGGCAUCGAUUUCUGUGACUCAACACAAACCGCCAACUUCCAGCUGUGCACUCACACCAGGAAGUUCUUCGUGUCAAUUCAGCCACCGGUUGGGGAGCUGAUGAGGCCCGUCUUCCUGACAGAGAAUGAGUUUAAAAAGGAGCAAGGUCAGCUGAUGGGUAUGAACGAGAUCACGGAGAAGCUAACUCUGGACGUAAAGUGUCGGAACGAACACGCCAUUGUCCAGAGGGUGACCACUGCCGCCAACCUCAGCAGAGUCCCCUGUGGUUCAGAUAAAGAGUGCAGUCCUCCUGUUCCUCCUCCUCCUCAUCCUGUCCACAGGUUCGCAGGCAGGACAGUGACCAGCGGCAGCUUGGUGCUGGUCACUGUGGCGACCAAAGAGGAAGGAGCCGCCCAGCUGACGGUCAACUGUGAGAAAAUGGUGAUCGGCACCAUGCUGGUGAAGGACAUCCUCCUAGCUUUGACACAGUGACGCCUGCCUGCGCUCGACCUUAUGCCCCCUCACUCCAACGCGCCUCUCACAUAUCGUCCGAGACUCAUCACACGUGUAGCAUCUCCUCCGUUCUCCUGUAAGCAGUGAGGAAGUUUCCAGAAUGUUUUAUUCCAGUUUGUUGUUUUAUUCAAGAGCCCUCUACUUUUAGAAAUUAUUCCUAUAUUCCGUGAAUGCCACAGCUGUACUGUGCGUGAUAUUUUUGACAAUCAGACAUGACUGAUGGUCGGACCUGAUAUUAAAUCCCUUUCCCCCUUUCUAAAGUUUCUUAUAUGCCAUUGUUCAAAAACACUUAUUUUGCAACAGAUUUUCCUUCCUUGAGGAGCAAGGAAUUUCAUUGACUCCAAUUUCUUUAGUUGACAAAAAAAAAUGUUUUAAGAGUUAAAAACCUUGAAUUUUGUUUUCACAAGGUCCACUUAAUGUUUUUGCAGCUUUCAAACACAUCUUGUGGCCUUUCUCAGCAGCUGGAGUUCACUUGCUUGUCAUGGACUGAGACUGAAAUGAAGCACCUUUCGUCAUAAGACAUAAAAAGGUAUUAAUACAAGAUAAUAAAGAAUCAUGAGACAAUAUAAAAAGACACAUAAAUAGGAUUUAAACAGCAUAAAAUGAUAUAGAAGAUAAAAAUAAGCCACAGUGUGCUACAAUGUGAUCUAUGAUACAUAUGAAAAGUCCUACAUUUUUAUGUUAUUUUAAGUUUUAUACCUUGAAGUCAAAGAACUGAGAGUUGGAAUGAACCUCAAGUUUAUUCCAGAUAAUGUGGUGCAUAAAAACUGUAAAGACUUUUUAGCUUUGACUCUGGGAACAGUAAGAAGAUCUGAUAAGUCUGAACGGUUGUCAUGACAUGACCAUACAUACAUACUCCACCUGCUGAGGAAGGCCAUGAGAUGCAGUUUCGAAAUCACAGUUAGUGAAAUGUUGAAAAUGUUUCUGUCUAAACACAAGGAGGUCUUUCUAUCCCCAUAAUCUGAGAAAAUAAAAUAUCCACUUUUACCCAUAAAAUGCAGUUUUGUUAAAAUUAUUUAGAAAUAAGGUGCGUAAUUGUGAGUAAUUGUUAUUCUUUGACAAGUGGAUGCACAAAUCUGUCACACCAAUUAAAAUUCUUAGCUUGCUAUAUUAGCUAUCAGACUGUUUUAAGAUGUAGAUAAUAUAAGUAAUAGAUUAUAUACUGAAGGCAUAAACUCCUCCAAAAAGCACGUCACCACAAAAACACAAACUGUAAUGUGUAAUCAAUUCUCAUCCAGUUAUUUGACAUUUGUUUUUACUUGAAUGUAGCAUGAAGGCUCGACUGAGACAACAACUACCUAUAACUCAUUCCAUUUUGGCACAAUAAAAGUUGUUAAUCAAUAACUUAACACUCCUGGGAAUAAUGAAAUAUAAGAUCAUAAAACUCAAAUUCUGCGGUUUUAGCAUUUGCCUAGCUGUCAUGUUUGGAUGUAUAAAUGUUAUUGUAUGUAUUGCAACAUGUAAUACAGUACUACUAUAAGUAAAGUGUGGGUGUGUGUGAGUGUGUUUGAUGAUGGCGCUGAACAUUGACCCGGCAAACAUUAACUGGUUGUUUUUCAAAAUGGCUCAAAAUGACACGUGACUUGAAAUCAUCAUGAAGCACAUUAUUACCAUCAGUCCACUCCCAUUCUCUUUGAUGACUGAUAUAAGCUACCUUGGUUAAAACAUGAUUUGCCUGUCUUAUUUAUUUGUAGAUUCAUACAUUUGCCUAACAAACCAAUUUCUGAUGCAAUUGUUAUUGACAGCAGAAUUGCGGAUUGUAGAAAAAUCUUAAACAAAUCUACAGAGAACAACAUUUUAGUGGAUGUUUAAAGGAGCAGUUAUUUGGGAUAUUACAUAAUUUUCUUUCUUGCCAAAAAUUAGAUGAACAGGUCGAUACCUGCCCUCAUGUCAUGUGGGGUGGUGAUGGCGCAUAGAUUGACUUUGGUGUGGGAGACUGUGAGAAUCCCACCAGUGUCUGAGCAAGACACCCCUAGUCGCUCCAGAGGCAUGUGACCUCUGACAUGUAUAGCAAUUGUAAGUCACUUUGGAUAAAAGCAUCAGCUAAAUGAAUAAAUGUAAAUGUCUCUACCGUAAGCUAGCGUCAGGAAGUGGUUAGCUUAUAAUAGCUAGUUUUUGUGUCAGAAGAGUGAUAUCGAUCUUCUUAUCAAAUUUUUGCCAAGACAGUGAAGAAGCAUAUUUUCCUAAAAUGUUAAAUCAUUAAUUUAGGAUUAAAAUAUAGCCAAAGCCUUCCCUUAACACCUCCUGUAAACAUAGCUGAUACUGACUUAAAUUUUUCCAUUUAAGUCAAUGUAAAGGUAGCAUCUAGGCUAAGAGAAUACAUUAUAAUACCUAUAGAUUAUAAGUGAAUGCUUAUGGUAAUGUUAAAACAUUUUCAAGUUGAGUGUUUCCUCUCAUUUGUCAGGCAACACUGUUUUCAUGCCUUUUUACUAUAUUUUGAUUUAAGGUCAUGUGGCUUCUCUUUUCUUAUGGACCCUCGUGUGUUGAGUGGCUGCACGUUUCUUAACUUUAACAUAUUAUCUGUGUAUUUAUUUAAUGUUUCUUUACUGUUGGAAGACGGAACAACUGUGUUUUACCAAAGGAGUACAUUAUAGUCAAACUUUAGCCCUCCUUGGGGAGAACUGAGCAGCAGCAGUGGACGGUUUUAUUUUGGCCUUUUUGUACCUGUUGCAUUGUUUAACCACUCACACCUGAAAUUUCCAGUCACUUCACGAUGAAGAAUGUAGAGUAAGAAAUCCUACUUUUAAUGUAAAAAUAUACUGAAAAGGAGACUGUUUUUCGAUGAAACAGUUCAUGUCUGGUAAUUUGUUCUAUCUGCACCGGCUUUCAAAUAUCCAAAAGUAUGGUUUAUCAUACUGUGUGUGGUUGUGAAAUGUGGUCCUGAAGUAUUACAAGUUUAUUUAUUCUACAAAUAAAACAUACAGCUACAUUGUCA